UUUAAAUAAAAUGACACAAAGGUACACUUGUGACUCAAAAAUAAAACAAUUUAGAAUAAUAGUUCAAUACUUACAUUAAAAUGCUUUAAUUUUUUAGUGAGAAAUCAAUGAACAUAUUGUAAUAUCUAAUGGCUUAUACAGAAAAGGUAUCACUCAAUGGCACUGCUCUUUCGUUUCUACUAUAUGAAUGUAUGAAUUCUGUUAGCAGUCAGGAGGGCUUUUUAAUAGGAGAUGUGACUUCCGAAAUUACAAACCAUAUAUCUGAUUCGCAAAAUGAUAGUGCACGAUUAGACACACAAAUUAUCAUAAGAACAGUUUUACCUUUACCUUCUGUGUCUCUUUUCUAUUUACCAACUGGAACGAUAAAAGAAGAUGUGCUCUCCGAAUUGCUUUCUAAUGUGGCAACUGAAGUUGUAGGAUGGUAUAAAUACAGAAAGAAUAGUAACAUAAAACCUACUUUCCGGGAUAAAUUAAUAUCUAAAGGAUUACAGAAGUAUUUUGAAAAGUAUCAUGGAAAGAAAACUUUUGUUUCCUGCAAUUUAUCAAGUAAAACAUCUUCGGUGGGCUCAACACAUACAGUGAUCUAUCGCUUUGGUAAAAUAAAUUGUUUUGACAUGUAUGAAUAUGUCGAAGAUGUGACGGCUAAUUUAGGUGAAAAACUAACCGGUUAUAAAAAAGCCAACAAGGUAUCACCACAUUGCAUUUUUAAUAAAAUAGUUAAGGAAAGCAAUGUUCAGACUAAUAACACAAAUCAUGCAAUAUUAUCAAUACAAGAAGCUGUUGAUGUGAGGCUUAUUAAAGAAGCUAAAAUUGCUGCUGAGAAUGAGAGCACUAUUAGAGAACUUGAGGCAGAAAUCAAACAAAUGAGUGAUAUUUUAGCAGAUAAGCAAGUGGUCGAUUUAACAGCUGCAUAUAAUAGAAUAAGUGAAGAAAAAUUAGUAAACAGAGAUGUUGAAAUGGCUAAAGCUUGUAUUGAAGCACUAAAAACUCCUACAUCUGUAGAUAUCCUCAGCAUUCCCAAUGUUAAUAUUAAUAGUAAUUCUACCUUAUCAAAUAGUGAAAAUUCAAUUCAAAUUGUUGAAAACAUUGAAAAUGAGCUGAAGGAUAGGAAUCCUAGCCCAAUUGCAAUAGCUUCAAGCUCAUCUCCCUCAUUAAAUUAUGCAAGUGCGCUCAAGAAAAGUUCAGAAUUGGCAUCUACAAGUGCAAGUACUUUUAAAGAUACAAAAUCCAAAAACAAUAGUGAUGAUUUGAUUACAUUUGACGUAGAAGAGAAACAUCAAAAAUCAAUCUUAAUUAAUGACAAUCUCAAUAUUGGUGGUAGCUCACCAGAAUAUUGAAGUGCCUUACAUUUUUUGAAUAUUUUUAACAAGUUACCAUAAAUAUACCAUUAUGUUAUUAUUGUCAGUUUCUUAUUAUGAUAUUACUAACUUCAUUUAAAUUGAGAAGAUUUUUACUUAUUACUUAAGAGUUGCUGUACAGUUGUAUUGUUUAAAAACUCUUGUUUUGAAUCUACAUCUUAUGUAAAAUAUUAUUUUUAUUUUUGUCUUAAUAACUAGUUUUUCAGCAGAUAAGAUAAAUGAAAGAAAUGAACAACUUUAUUUUCUAAUAUUAACUAGGAAUGUGCAACAUUAAGAACUUAAUUUUUCAUUUUAUAAUUGUAAUUAAUCCUACACUGAUAUUGUGAUGGGCUAACGUGUAAAUAAUUACAUUUACUUUAAAAUAUCUCCAUUUGUAAGUGACACGUAGAAGAGUAUUUUUAUAAUAAAUAUCAUCAGAUCAUU